AUGUAUUCCGGGAUAAAACAAGGGGACUUCCUGGCCACCUUCCAGGGCCGCAGCUUCGUGGACGUGGUCGGCGACCUGUACGCGCGCGGGCGCGGCCAGGGGCUCUUCGGCGUCUUCGAGCUCUCCGCGCGGCCGCUGCUCAUGGUGCGCGACCCGGAGCUCAUCAAGGUGAUCGCGGUGAAGGAGUUCGACAGCUUCGUGAACCACAGGAGCUUCGCCAGUGAGAAGAACGACCCGAUUAUGGGCAGGAAUCUUUUCAACCUGAAAGAUCAAACAUGGAAGGACCUGCGUUCAACAAUGAGUCCGGCGUUCACUACCAGCAAAAUCAAGACAAUGAUGCCGCUUAUUUCUCAAUGCGCUGCCCAGUUCACUGCAACGCUGCGCGAGAAAUACUUAAGCAGCGAGGAAGGAGCUUUGGAGAAGCCGCUGGAGUCUAACAUGAAAGACGUGUUCACGCGGUUGACAAACGAUAUGAUAGCCACAGCCGCAUUCGGCGUGACCACCGACUCCCUCAAGGACCCAGACAACGAGUUCUACACUCAGGGACAGCUCCUGACCAACUUCAGCCCCACAUAUCUCUUCGCAUACUUUACAUUCCCUAAAUUGGCAGAGUUUCUCGGCCUACGAAUGAUGGACGCAGAGUCGUCGAAUUUCUUCCACAACCUCGUGCACGGCACCAUGAGCGAGCGGCAGAAACGAGGCAUCGUGCGGCCGGACAUGCUGCACAUGCUGAUGCAGGCGCGCGAGGGGCGGCUGACGGUGGAGAAGCAGGACGCGGCCGAGGACGAGCGCGCCAGAGGCAGCGCCGCCAAACUCACUGACAACGACAUCACGGCCCUGUCGCUGAUCUUCUUCCUGGGCGGCCUGGACACCGUGUCCGUCGCGCUGAGCUUCGCGGCGGUCGUCCUGGCGCACCACCCCGACGUGCAGCGGCGCCUGCAGGCCGCGAUCGACGACGUGUGGGAGGAGGCCGACGGCCCGCCCACCUACGAGGCCAUUCAGAAGAUGAAGUACUUGGACGCUGUCGUCUCUGAGGUUUUGAGGAUGUACCCGCCCGCGUUCGUCACAGAUCGCAUUUGCCAGAAGGACAUCACGUUGCCAGCAGGCGCUAUGUCGAAACUUGCUACGAUCAAGAAAGGCACCAAUGUGCAAUUCCCCAUCAUCUGUCUGCAAAAUGACCCGGACUAUUGGUCGGAACCGGAAAAGUUCGACCCAGAACGCUUUAACGACGAGAACAAGCACAAGAUCAAGCCCUAUACAUACAUUCCAUUUGGAUUGGGGCCCAGAUUAUGCAUAGGUAAGGCAGCGCCUGGCGUUGCUGGAGCUGAAGGUGGCGCUGGGCCACCUGCUGCGAGGCUUCACCCUGCAGCCCAGCCCGCGCACCGCCUUCCCCGUGGAGUGGGCGGUCGGCAGCGCGGGCAUCAGCCCCAAGGGCGGCUUCUGGUGCGGCCUCGCCCCGCGCGCCCACUGACCUUGCGGCCUUCGCUCGACACGUGCAAGCGCGACACGCUCAACACCCGUGGGCUGGCCGUCGCUCGACACGUGCAAGCGCGACACGCUCAACACCCGCAGGCUGAUCUUCGCUCGACACGUGCAAGCGCGACACGCUCAACACCUGGUGCUCAACACGUGCACGCGACGAGGGACUGCCGUUCGGGGUCAGGGGACUGUCGUCGCACAGUGUUGAAGUUGGGUUUUGGACAAAAAAAUGUAAUAGUGACUAAUAUUGGCCAUUAUUUGGCGUGAAAAUUAUGUGAAUGAAAUGUGCACGGUUGUGUUGUUCGAAAUGUUAUUUGCACAGUGGGUCGUACACAGUGGGUCAAAGCUAGCGAGUAGAGACGAUAUUUGCGAAUGAUACGAUCCAAAUGAAAG